CAAUAAAUAAAAUUCUGUUUCUGUGGGAGAAAGCUCGAAGUGAAUCAACAACUAUCAAAGCAGAAGAAAAGUCUCUAAGCUACGCAUCUCUCUCUCUCUCUCUAUUGACAUAUAUGACUUUGUUGCCCCCUCAAAAUUCUUGAUUCAAUUGACUUGUUGUGAAUUGUGAUGGGUCCUGUGAGAGGAAUCAGAAAGAGAAGAAAGACAGAGAAGAGUCUUGACAACAAUGGUUCUGGUUCUGGUUCUGGGUCAUCUGAGAAAGAGGGUGUUGUAGAUUGGUGGGAUGAAUUGUCAAAGAAGAUCAAUGGUCUUCAGAAGUCACCACUAAAGAUCUCCCGAAAGACGUUUGAGUACAUAUGUUCACUUGUCAAGGAUGAUAUAACAACAAAAUCUGCGCAUUUCUCGUUUUCAAGUGGAAAGCCAAUGUCUUUAUUUGACCAAGUGGCGGUGGCACUAAGAAGGUUAGGAUCUGGCGACUCGCUUGUCACAAUUGCUGAGUCAUUUGGGCUAAGUCACUCAACCGUUUCGCAAGUCACAUGGCGAUUUGUCGAAUCCAUGGAAGAGAGAGGGCUUCAUCACCUGCAAUGGCCUUCAGCACAAGAGGAAAUGAAUGCAAUCAAGUCAAAAUUUGAGAAAAUACACGGCUUCCCGAAUUGCUGUGGCGCCGUUGAUGCUACUCACAUUACAAUGUGUCUACCUGGAACCGAAUAUUCAAGUAAUGUGUGGCUUGAUUAUAAAAACAAUCAUAGCAUGGUUUUGCAAGCAAUAGUUGAUCCUGACAUGAAAUUCCGCGACAUAGUCACUGGUUGGCCCGGUAAAAUGGAGGACUGGUCGAUAUUUUCGUGCUCAAAUUUCAACAAACUUUGCGAUAAAGGAGAAAGACUAGAUGGAAAGGUAUUGAAAUUCUCUGAAGAAUCAGAAAUAAGGGAAUAUAUAAUCGGUGAUUCAGGUUAUCCUCUACUACCUUACCUUAUUGUUCCCUAUGAAGAGAAAGAACUCUUAAAGUCAGAGGCGAAAACUCAGUUUAACAAGCUGCAUUUAGAAACAAGGAUGGUGGCACAAAGAGCAUUGACAAGGCUUAAGGAAACGUGGAGAAUCAUUCGCGGAAAUAUGUGGCGGCCGGACAAACAUCGGUUACCGAGGAUUAUUCUUGUUUGUUGCUUACUUCACAACAUUGUUAUUGAUAUGCAGGAUGAAGUGAAGGAUGAGUUACUAUGUUUGUAUCAUCAUAAUCAUGACUCAGGAUACAAUCAACGUGUUUGUGAAGAUGCUGAUGAGAAGGGUGUGGCACUAAGAGAAAGCUUGUUGAGCUACUUGAAUGGAAGGUUGCAUUCAUGAUUUGUUUUGUUCACUAUUACUAGAUAUUAUUGGUAUAGCUUAAAAAAAUUAAGUGGAAUGGAAUCAUGAAAGAUUUUAAGAAAACAUAUACUAUAGAUUUGAAUAUACCAUUGGUCUAUGCAAAUAUAUAAUUUUUUUAUUUUGGUUUCUGUUAAGUAUUUUUUGUUUGGAUUUUAUCCCUAUAAUAUUGGAAACCAUCAUUUAU